AUGGCCAUUGCAAAGCAAAGCAUCUUGAGAUUUGGCUUCAAAUGUUUCUUCCUAGCAACUUUAAUGCUAGCCUGUGAUGGACAAGGUGGAAAGAGAGAGAAUGGUGGUCCUGCCUGUUACGGAGGAUUUGAUUUGUAUUUCAUUCUAGACAAAUCAGGAAGCGUCCUGCACCACUGGAAUGAAAUAUAUCAUUUUGUGGAACAUUUGGCCCGCAAGUUCAUAAGCCCUCAGCUGAGGAUGUCCUUCAUCGUUUUUUCAACUAGAGGGACAAUUCUGAUGAGAUUAACAGAAGACAGGGAACAGAUACGCCAGGGUCUAGAAGAGCUACAGAAAGUCCUGCCGGGAGGCGACACGUACAUGCAUGAAGGAUUUGAAAGGGCAAGUGAACAGAUUUACUACGAAAAUGUUCACGGUUACAGAACUGCAAGUGUCAUCAUUGCAUUGACCGAUGGAGAGCUCCAUGAAGACCUGUUUUUCUACUCUGAGAGGGAGGCUAAUCGGUCGCGUGACCUGGGAGCAACAGUAUAUUGUGUUGGUGUGAAAGACUUCAACGAGACGCAGCUGGCUAGAAUUGCCGACAGCAAAGAUCAUGUCUUUCCAGUGAAUGAUGGUUUUGAAGCCCUUCAGGGGAUCAUAGACUCUAUUUUGAAGAAAUCCUGUAUAGAAAUUCUGGCAGCAGAGCCUUCCAGUAUAUGUGCAGGAGAGUCAUUUCAGGUUGUCGUGAGAGGAAAUGGAUUUCGACAUGCCCGUAACGUUGACAGAGUGCUCUGCAGUUUCAGGAUCAAUGACACCGUUACUCUCAAUGAGAAGCCUUUUGUUGUAGAAGAUACCUACUUACUCUGCCCAGCACCUGUGCUACAAGAAGUUGGCAUGGAAGCAGCUCUUCAAGUCAGUAUGAACGACGGUCUGAGCUUCAUCUCUAGCUCCGUCAUCAUCUCCAGCACACACUGUUCAGACGGGACGAUCCUGGCUAUCGCUUUGUUGAUCCUGUUCCUCUUGCUGGCGUUGGUUCUUCUCUGGUGGUUCUGGCCUCUGUGCUGCACAGUGAUCAUCAAAGAGCCUCCCCCACCUCCUGCAGAAGACAGCGAGGAGGAAGAUGAUGAUGGUCUUCCAAAGAAGAAGUGGCCAACAGUUGAUGCCUCUUAUUACGGCGGACGAGGAGUUGGCGGCAUCAAACGAAUGGAGGUGCGCUGGGGAGAAAAGGGCUCCACAGAAGAAGGGGCAAAGUUAGAGAAGGCCAAGAACGCCAGGGUCAAGAUGCCAGAGCAGGAAUACGAGUUCCCUGAGCCCAGGAACCUGGCCAACAACAUGCGCAGGCCUUCCUCCCCUCGGAAGUGGUACUCUCCAAUCAAG